GCUGCGUUCAAAGCUUUUUCCAGGACUGCAGCUCAUUCACACUCAAAUUCACACACACAUUCACACACUGACACCAGCAGCUGCUCUACAAGGCGCUCGCUUGAAACACCAGCAGCAACCUCGGUUCAGCGUCUUGCCCAAGGACACGUCGACAUAAGUGAACCCUUAUUCCAGUUUGUGGCAUUAUGAAAAUAUUAAAAACUAGUUUCACAUAUGUAGAUGUGAAAUAAUCAAGGAAAUGUGGAACAAACUAAUUUGUGCUAGUGCUUUUAAACUGGAUGAGCAGGACGUGAUUUCAAACUUCAUGAUGGUUGUUGUGAAGGUUCUGUUCUAACAGUAGAUCAUUAAUCCUGUGCUUGUGGGCCGAGUCAGACCAGGUGACCUGAAAACCAGACGACCCAAAUGCAGAGCGCUGUCGCAGCUUCACCGUCUCCAACCGCGUGCAGUGAGUCUCAUGGGACAUAUUUAUUAUUUAUGACCUGGAUUUUCAGUCUAAUGAUCGGAGGGUGUUUCAUAACUGCUGAGCCACUGACAACCAUUAAAAUGAUGUUGUGUAACUUGUGUCAUUCACAGCACUGGUUUUAGGGACGUUCAAGUAUGAGAGGGUCCAGUGGAUCUGAUCAGAUCUGCAGACCACCACUAGCGUCAUGUACUCGUGUGUUCACAGCCUGAGCGUGUCCUCUUCACCACGUGGAGCUGAGAAAAAACCCACAAACCCCACUGAGCAGCACCAGGAGACGCUGGCGAGGAACAGGAGAACCUCUACAGGCGGGUAGGAUCCACAGAGAUCGUGUUUGAGCGGGUCCAUUGAUUCCUGAUCGGGACGCGGCCCUGGCGCCCUGCGUCCCGUUAAUCCACGUCAGCAUCUGCUGCGUUUGGAGCGGAGGCUGUUUGUCGGCUCUAAUCUGUGUUUCUAAGUUGCUGCUCUGCCUCCGUCCGAGCCCAGAGCUUUGCCUCACUUGUAUAAUCCCUCCGCCCGUCUCCACCCCCCAUCCCUCCAUCCCUCCAUCCAGGGGAUUUGACUGCCAUUAAGAGAUGGAUUUUUGCUGUGUGUGUGUUUGGAGGGUGAAGUGUGAACACUUCCACAGGAGCGCUGGCGCCGCAGCUCCCGCUCUCAUUGGGACGAACACGAUGCCGACGGUGAAGCUGAGCCUGCGUGGACGCGCGUCUCUGCACGGGUCGACAGGCGUGCGUUAAUCCUGGCGUGUCCCAGAUGAGCGUCCAGUUAUGACGGCCCUCGCGUUUGCUGUCUGCGUGCUGUGCCUGCUGCCCCAGGCGGCGCUGACCCGCUGGGCCUGUGCUCGGGCCUGUCCGGCCUCCUGCUCCUGCACCCAGGAGAGGAGCUGCAGCGUCCUGUGCGACCGCUCCGGCCUGGCGGAGCUGCCCAAGGAGUUCCCCUGCGAGGCCUCCGCCAUCAACCUGGACAAGAACCGGCUCAAGUUCUUGUCUGAACGGGCCUUUGGGACCCUGCCCUCGCUCAAGUCUCUGUCUCUGGACCAUAACAACAUCUCCUUCAUCACCCCCGGCGCCUUUAAGGGCCUCUCCAACCUGGUGGAGCUGAAGAUGGCGCACAACGAGUACAUCAGCUACCUGCACACGCGGACCUUCACGGGCCUGAAGAAGCUGCUGCGUUUGGACCUGUCGGACUGCAACCUCUUCAACAUCCCCGACCGCAUCUUCAUAGAGCAGACGGCGCUGAAGGAGCUGCUCUGCUUCCAGAACAACUUCAGGAGGAUCCCCGGAGCCGUGCGGGGCAUGGAGAACCUGACCCACAUCUACCUGGAGCGGAACAAGAUGGAGGCUGUGGCCUACAACUCCCUGCUGGGCCUGGGGAGCCUCCGGUACCUGAACCUCCAGGAGAACCGCAUUAACGUGAUCCAUGAACAGUCCUUCCAGGACCUUGUGCGCCUGGAGAAUUUCUACCUCAACGACAACCUGCUCUCCGAUUUGCCCCGAUUCGCCUUUAAGGGCCUCAUACGCCUCAAGAUGCUGAAUCUUGGGGGAAACCAGUUGACCAACGUUUCCAAGACCUGGUUCGGUGACCUGGUGGAGCUGGAGGUCCUGUACCUGGACAGGAACCAGCUGCUCUGCAUUGAGGAAGGCACCUUCGAGAACCUGACCAGCCUCAUCUCGCUCCACCUGAACAGCAACAACCUCACCUCGCUGCCCCUCCCCGUGUUCCAGCCCGUCUACUUCCUGGGGCGCCUCUACCUCUUUAAAAACCCCUGGGAGUGCGACUGCUCCCUGAAGUGGCUGAAGCAGUGGAUGGACAGCUACAAGCUGGUGCGCGACAUCCCCUGCGCCUCCCCCUCGUCCGUGGCGGGGCUGGAUCUCAGCCAGGUGGUCUUCCCCAGCGCGAACGGCACGUGCGUGAACCCGGCAGAGCUGAACCUGACCACGGCCUCCUCAGACACGGCCUCCACCACCGAGAACCGCUUCCACAGCCUCCUCUCCAAGCUGCUCCAGCAGGAGCUCAGGGACGAGAUGGGGAACGGGACCGAGAGCCGCCGCAACGGGACCCUGCAGGAGGCCGAGGACGGGCAGCUGUCUGCCGGGGUCAGAGGUCAGCGCGCUCAGACCGACCAGACCCUCCUCUGCUUCAUGGUUCCGUGGCUCGUCCUGGGUUGGAUCCGCUCAGAGCUGGUUUCGUGUCCUUCCUGCACAUGAGAACUGUGGAUAUUUUCCUGACACACAGGAACAAGGACGUUGGAUUUAUCCAUGAGGGACGAGGGAAUGCUCCUCCUGGCAACGAUGUGACUGUGUGCUGCCAAACUGGAUCUGGGAAAGACUGGCUUUCGUCACUAGACAGAAAAAAGCAAAUAUCUAGUUGAACCGUCUGCAUCAGGACCAUCAUGUGACCCGUUUGGACAAUCACAGAUACAGAGUCUGAUGUCAAACAGCGGAUGACAAUGUACAUGUGAACGUCCAGCUUCUGUUGCAUAAUUUGCCAUUUUAAAUAUUAUUAUGUAAGCCUGCUAGUGCUGCAGUCUGUUAGCAGUGUCUUUGUCGUCCCAUCCCCUGAAGUGAAGCGCUCGCUCCUGUGCUUAUCUCCUCAGCAGAUGUCCCCCCUGCUUGUUUCUCUUCACUCCAAAACUAGGUUCUAAAUGCAUUAAUCUCCUUAUCACCACAUUCUGCUCAAUGUCGUUGCUGCUUCUGUAGGCUGACACAUAAUGGACCAUGUGAGGGGAAGAAUCUAGAUGAGAAAAUCUUCACAGUGCAAAUGACCUGUUGAAUAUCGUGAAGUUUCUAUUUGUGCUGUGUAGCUGAAUGUGAGUAGCAGUGAUCCGGCUUGGACCUAUUUUUCUAAACCUAUUUUUGUAAAUUAAAAACAGGGCUGUUGAACUUUG